UCUUCAAUAGGGUUCGAAACGUAGAGUUCACGUUGCUGCAACAGUCCUGUGAUAUUCCACAUCAACUCCUUGCUGCCUAGUUUUGAGUUGCCGUUAGCUGUCAUCGCAUUAUUUUGAAUCGGCAUAUCUUAGAACUACAUGGAAUAAGUAAUUUACAAGUAGUAUCUUCUGUUAGGCAAAAAUUUUGUUCAAGACUGUCAACAGGAGUACUUCUUGGCACGAGGAGAUUCAAAUUAGACAUCGUCGCACAGGUCACGUGUGCCUGCGCCUCUUACCGCGUGCAACAGUUAUUGUUCGCGUGCCGGUACAUUCCUAAAGAACGAACCACUGGUGGCCACUGUUCCUAGUUGUGGAAGAAGAAGAAGAAGAACGAACUAGUCCGCGUUCCCGUGCAGUGUAACUCCGACAGCCCAGCUGUGUUGCUGCUGUCUUCUUCUCGGCCACAAUGUCCAGCCCUGACCACAAGAGUGAAGGCAGGAUGACAGGAAAAGACAAAGCACGUGAGGAUGAUUGGUGGAGAAACGGAAGACGUCGGCCAAGAUGUUGGUCAGCAUGUUCCCAAAGGUUCCCAAGACUGCUACAGUGCUGCUAGAGUUCUUCAUAAAGCGCGAGAGCAACACCUCCUUGCAGCGCGAUCCCCUGGCUCACUUCUGCCAGGAGGAAGUAGUGCUUCACGCCCAGGAGUGCCUGCUCAGGCUCAACAAGCAGGUCAUCGAUUAUCAGGAUGUACGAGACAUGAUCGAGAACCUUCAUGCCCUGCACAUGAUGUGUACGAAAAAGAACCCGGAUAACGCGAAAGCCCUGGGCCACAUUAUCCGAAAGCUGAUUAUCAUCAUCGGUGAACUGGCCGCGACCCUGGAGAAGAUUGCUGAAGUACCUAUCACAGACUGGCUAGGGAUCGGUGAUGCUAUAGUGAACAAACUGGAAAGGAUAUCAUUUCCCGAACAGCCCCCGUUUUCAUCGUUUAUUCCGAAGAUGGGAGACUUCGAGAGCCUCAAGUUGUUGGGAGCUGGUGGCUUCGGUGCGGUGUACUUGGCGAGGUUCAAGCCUGGUAAUUUCAACUCUACCGUGAAACUGGUGGCUACGGAUCGAUUCAGCAAGUUUAAGCAGGCUGCCAUGGACAAGGUGGUGGCGUCUGUUAUCAGGAACCCAUUUCUGGUCAAGUACUACUGCUGUUUUUGCGUGAAGGAGGCCUAUGUUACCAUCAUGGAAUACAUUCCUGGCGUGGACCUUAUGCGUGUGGUAACCAAGGACCAGUUCCUGGAAAUCGACGCCGUCCAGAUAAUAAUGGCCCAGCUCAUCCUGGCCCUGGAGCAUUUGCACCUGCGAGGAUUUCUGCAUCGGGAUAUCAAGGUUUCAAACAUGCUCAUUAUGCCUGGCGGACGUGUGAAGGUCAUCGACUUCGACACCACUAAGAUAUGCAACGCGCACUUUUCAAAGAGGCCAUUGCGGGGCUACUUCAGACGAACCCCAUUCGAGUUCAACGACGGUGAAUCUGCAGGAACGAUCCCCUACAUGGCUCCGGAAAUACUCAAGCGAAGACCUUACGGGCGUGCUGUAGACUGGUGGUCUUCCGGGAUCGUGAUGUAUAAAAUGAUGACCGGCCGCGUCCCAUUCCGAGGGAAGACUAAGCAAACCCUUCGUGACAAGAUCGUUUCUUCUCCGCUCAAGUGGCCGCGUCGCGACGAGCACCCGCACUCGGCUACCACACCUGCCAAGGAUAUGGCCUACAGGAUGCUGAAGAAGAAUCCUGUUCAGCGCCUGGGAUCCAAGAACUACGACGACCUCAAGACGCAUCAGUUCUUCGACGGCUUCGACUGGAAUCAGUUGUACCAGAAGAAGGAAUUGUGUGACAUUCCGUCCAUCCAGGAACUGAUCAAGGAAGACGCUGAUCGCGAUCUGUCAAUAAAUCCCGACUCUGAUGACAGACGUGAGCAUCAGCAGAUCGAAGAAAUGACCGACAUCAGUGGCGAGAGUCAGAAGCCGCUGCUUUGCUUUGUUUCUCCAUCUUUCAAGAAACUCAUGACCAUGGUGAAGGUGAGCGGGACUCAAGUCAAUGCCACAAAGAUAUUCAUGGAGAUGAGCGGUGAAAAAUCCUCCGGAGUCGACUACAAUUUUCACAAACCAGGUCACUCCGUCAAGGCUAGUGGUGUGGACGACAGGGUCAGCCGAAGGUCACUAGCCGAAAAGAUUGAUAUCAUCAUCUACCGGAAGAAGAAACUAUUCAGGUACUGGGGCUAUGGCUUCACUCUGCGCGUCAUAACGGGAGAAGACAGCACCGACUUCAUCUACGUCGAGACGGUGACGCGAAACGGUCCCGCGGACAGAGCGCAGCUGCUUCCUCUGGACGUGAUCAUGUUUGUGAACGGUACCUCAGUGGCAGAGUUGUCUUUGGAGAAAGUGCGCGACAUGAUCCACAACACCACGGACCAGAUGGUAGUUUCUGUGAUGGCAUCGAGCGUGUACCGCAUGUUGACCACUAGACAGGACAUGCUAUCCAUCCUACGCACAGUGCCCAGGGACAGCGUCGUUCUGCAGGGCGGGGGUAGUUACACCUGCGGAGGGAGCAACCCGUACGGUCUGGGGAUCAUCGACGCCAGCACCUGGGACGAGCGAGACAAGAAGACUGUCAAAGUCUACGUCCUUUCGCGCGUGGACACAGCGCCCACUAACAACAAGCUGUUGUUUCCGGGGGAUGUCGUGACGCAGGUGGACGGAAUACGGCUCGACAGUGGCACCAUCCAAAACAUCCUUCAGGUCAUCUAUCUUGGCGAGAAGGACCUCACUCUCAAUAUCAUUCCAAUAUCCCCAUUCCGACAGAACCCCAUCCUCCUUAACAAGCUGCGGGAGACAGCAAUGUCUGACGCUCUACUCCCCAGCAAGUCUACUCCCGCUCAAAUUGAAAAGGAGUUUGAAGAAACGAGCCAAGAACAGUAUACAUAAACAAUGAACACGUAAUUAUGAACACUUGA